AUGGAAGAUAAGAAAAACAUAAGAAACUCCAAUGAAAAUAAAAUGAAAAGUCAAAACGAACACAACUCUACCUCAAAAAGAAAAAGAGCUAAUAUCAUAGAAAAUUUUGAUAUAAUAACCCAUAUGGACGAAUUUAAUAGCAAUAGCAGUUCUAAAAAAAAGAGUACAUGCCAUGAGGAGAUAAAAAAACAUGAUAUAUAUAAUGAGAAAAGUGAAAAAGGCAUAGAACAAUAUUUAAAUGAAAAUAAAACUAAUAAAGAUACUAUCAUAAAAAAAAAUAAUGAAAGCAAUAAUAUUAUGGAAAACAAUAAACAUAGCCGAAAUAUCAUAGCUUCGAAUUAUGAUGAACAUGGAACUAAUCAUGAUACCCAUUCUUUGAAAAUAAUUUCGGAUUCAACGCAUAGAGACACAAAUAGAGAAUCUAACAAAUACAAAAAGGUGCUAUAUGAUUAUGUAAAUACGCAUAGUAAACAAAUCCUGAAUAACACUGAAGAAAAGGUGAAAAAUCCAGAGAAUGUAAAUAACAAUAAUAUUACUAAUGAAAGAAAAAAUGAAAAUGAUGAUAAUAAUUCAUUUAGAUGGGUAAAUGCAUUAUUUCUUAACGAAACCAAUGAUGAAGAAAAUCGAAAUAUGGAAGAAGCUAGCAAAUUUUAUGGUGGUAUAAAAAUUCUAAAAGUAAAUACUGAUGUCAACUCAGCCAAUAAUAACAAUUCAAAAAAAAUUAAUACCGAUAUAAAGGUGGCUGAAGCUUUGGAUAUUGUGAAACUACCGGAAUCAAAUAAUUUAGAUGAAUCAUUAAAUUCUCCAAAUAUAAGUUCAUUAGCUCAAAAUGGCAAUACUGAAAGUAAUCGAACUGGUGAAAGUAAUAUCAGCGAACAACAAGUUAUAUCAGAAAGAGAAAAUGCAAACAUAGCUGAUUAUAUCUAUAACGGAAAAUGGGAAUAUCCGCUAAGCAUAUAUCAAAAAAUAAUAUUUAAAAGUCCCGAUCAUGAUUACAAAAAAUGGAUAUGCCAUUGCAAUAUUUUAUGCGUUUUAAAUCUUCCUUUAAAUGUAUCGGACUCAUACUUAUUAAAAUCUUUAAUAGAUAUGUAUUAUAAACAUAAAAAUCGGGAUAUGACAUUAGAUCUAUUGGAUAUGUUCGAUUUUGAGUAUAUAAAUACUUUUUUGGAAAUUUAUUCAUCUGUUGAUGAGGCUCCAAGAAAAUAUGAAUUACUAGCUAGCCAUUUAGGCAUAAUAAAAUUUGAUAUAUUAUUUACUACAGGGCCAUCUUACACAAAGAAUGAAAUGGUAAUAUCCAAUAUUUAUUCUAUCUCUAAAAAGUUGUAUAAGCCGGAAGAAUUCCCCAUUGGUACCUUAGGUUUAAUAUAUUUUAAAAAUGAAAAAUAUGCUAAAGAAUUUUGGACUGUUUUUUCAAAAGUUUCAACUAUAAUUAAUGGAAAAGUUAUUCAACUUAUGCCUGACGUAAAUGGGCUCAAAAUAUUUAUAGAAGCAUCUGUAUAUUAUUUGCAGCCUGAUUCCCUAUUCGCGCAAAUUAAUUAUAACGAGUUGAAUAAGCUGCUAUUUAGUAUUAAAAAUAAGCUCCCAGAAAUAAAUAAAAUGAUGAAGCUUAUAAAGAAGCAUUUUAAACAAGAAAGUAUAUGGAAUCUGAUUUUUUCCAAUGUCGACAUAAGUUUCUUAAGAUUUUAUAUGGAAAAUAUAGGAAAACCGCAAGAGCCCGAAACGGAACUGAAUGACCCAAAUGAAUCAAAUGAACUAUCAGAACAAUCUGAUGAUCCAAACACUAAUAUCGAAAAUUCUAUAAUUUCAUUUUCAAGGGCAGAAAAAGAUGAACGAGUGUCAGUUCACCUGUUUAAGACAACUACUAAGGAUAUAUGCGUGAUACACAAGGUAGACGAGAUGAAGUCGAAAUAUGUUUGUUCUCCAAGCCUUUUAGUUCGGGUAUACAACACACAUAUAAACAAAUUUUUGCUGGAUAAAGGAUAUUGUUUGAUAGCAUGCCCAUAUUUAAAUCUAGAAACAGGGAAGAAAGUUGCCGAUUUUUUAAAUAAAUUUUAUUUAUUAGAUUGGGUAUAUAACUCAAAAGAUCAAACAUGUUAUUAUUACGCUUUCAAAUCCAUAUUAGAUGCUUUGGCGGUUUUUAAAAAGAAUUUUAUUGCAUCACCAUAUCAUUAUAUAUGCUCGCUGUUUUUAAAAUUCCCUUUUGGUAUCGUCACAGCAGUUUACCUAAAUCUUAAUCCAGAUUUUAAUCCAAAGGCAAUUAAAACAAAAAAUCCACAAAAAUUAUUGGUAUUAAAAGACGACGCAGAAAAAAUGCCUAAAAUAAAUUUCGAUCCGUAUAGUAUAUCUAUUAUGAAAUGUUUAGGCAUACAAAAUCCUCAAAUACAGCAGCAAGGGAGUACGAGCAAUACACAAAAUAGAAAUAUAAUGCAAAACGCAUCCAAUUCUACCCGCAAAAAGAUGUGUUUAUAUCACAUCCAACAAAAAAAUAAACUUAAAAUACUUAGUUCAACAGAAGAAUUUUUUAUAAGCGCCGAUAAAUCUCUUCAGCACGCAUUAAUCAACAAAAUAUUCACAUAUCAUGUUGGUUUGCCAAAUUCGAUGAAUGAACCCAUCAUACAGUUUCGUAGAAGCCUCCAAUGCUAUAAGUGCAUAACAGAUAUACCUCAAAUCAUAACACAAACCAAGGAUGAACAACAAAAUAGCACGCCCUUGGGAAAUAAUCCCCCUAGAAAUCUCGCUCAAUCCAAUCAAAACAAUAGCAAUAUAAAUAUAAGACAAAUUCGUCCACACGUUUUACAACAACCAAAUGCUAACUCUUCCAAUUUACAAACCAGAAGUGCAUUUCCAUCUAAUUUAAAUUUAAAUAUGGCACGUUCUACUAGUUUAAACCAAAACAAUUUGCGUCAAGGAAAUAUGCCUGUGACCAAUUUAAAUCAAACAAGCUACUAUCAUAUUGAUUCGAAUCAUCCCAUUUUUCAGUCUAUUGCUUUACAUCAAGGCUGCAUUCAUCCUUACUACUUUCAGCUUUCUAACAUCCGUUCUCAAAAUCUUCAAGCUUCUAACAACCAUCCUCAAAACCUUCAAGCUUCUAACAGCCAUUCUCAAAACCUUCAAUCUUCUAACAGCCAUCUUCAAAACCUUCAACCUACUAACAUCCAUCCUCAAAACCUUCAACUUUAUAACAGCAAUCCUCAGAACCUUCAACUUUCUAGUAUCUAUCUUCAAAAUAUUCAACCUUCUAACAGCCAUCCCCAAAACCUUCAACUUUCCAACAACCAUACUCAAAGUCAUCAACCUUCUAACAGCCAUCCUCAAAACCUUCAACCUUCUAACAACCAUACUCAGAGCCUUCAACCUUCUAGCAUCCAUCCUCAAAGCCUUCAACCUUCUAGCAUCCAUCCUCAAAACCUUCAACUUUUCAACAACCAUACUCAGAGCCUUCAGCCUUCUAACAUCCAUCCUCAAAACCUUCAACUUUUCAACAACCAUACUCAGAGCCUUCAGCCUUCUAUCAUCCAUCCUCAGAACCUUCAACUUUCUAGUAUCUAUCUUCAAAAUAUUCAACCUUCUAACAGUCAUCCCAAAAAUCUUCAACCUUCCAACUCUCAACCUUACAACUUUCAGCUUUACAACUCUCAGCCUUACAACACACAUUUUGUUAACCACCAAACUAUAAUUUCCCAAUUGAAUAAUAAUCAGAACAAUAAUACGCAUACUAUCACCCAGACCCCAAAUAAUAUUGCCCAAAUAGAUUUACAAAACAAACACCAAAGUAGAAUAGUACCAAAUAUUGAAAGACUCAAUUUUUCAUAUACCGAUUCACUAAAUCGCUCCACACGAGAAAAUAAUAAUAGUCAUAAAAAAUCAAAGAUGAAAAGAAAGCACAAAGACACUUCAAAGUUGAAGCAUAUAAAUAAUAAUACAGGAAUAUCAUACGAUUCCAAUUCACAAAAAUCAAUUAGUAAAUGCAGUAGUGAAAAAUAUGAAAACAUAAAUUCACAAAGUAAUCGUCUCAAAAAAUCACGCCUAAAUGACAAUUCAGUAAAUAAAAGAUGCGAUUGUCAAGAGAUAAAUAAAAAGAAAAGUGUAAUAAAAAAUGAAAAACAACCAGAUAAAAAUAAUAAUACCUCAAAACACGAUGAAAGCAGUACAAAUGCGACUAAUUCUUAA